AUGGGCACGUUCCAGACCGACCCCAGUCCCAUGUUGGAUCCCACAUUCAGCCUCCAACCAGGCCUGCUGGAUGCGUCGCUGGUCACGAACCCCGACUUGAGCGUCUACGAUCCUGCCAUGUCUCUCGAUCUGACCUCGAUGCCGCCUCCAGGUUUCGAUCAGAUGGAUUCCGGCCAGCCGAGCUUGAUAGCAGAUCCUCCCAGCAAAUCUGAGACCCCUGAAAGUAACACGCCCGCGAAUGGCGUCGGUGCUGGACCCUUACCGACUGACUUUGCCCUUCAGAAUACACACUAUCCGACUAGCACGAGCACGCUGACCGAAUUCACCAAGAGACGAAACUGGUCCCAGCGUGUGGUCGAAGAGCUCAAAGACUUGAUGUACAUUUUGACUACCGACGGUCGGAUCCUCUACGUCUCGCCCUCGGCCAGACCGCUCACAGGAUACAGCCCCCAAGACCUCAUAGGGAAAUCGAUAUCAGAAUUUGUCCACCCCGACGACUCUUCUUUAUUCAUUCGCGAGUUCAACGAGAGCAUCGCCACGGGGAAUACUCUGCGUUUCUUUCAUCGCUUCCGCACCGCCGAGGACAAGUACUGCAUCUUCGAAUGCCAUGGCCAUCCACAUCUCACCAAUGAGGCUACCCUGCUUGAGCAGACCGGCCCUCCAGUCGGACGCGCAGGCUACUGCCGGGGCUUCUUCAUGAUGGCAAGGCCCUAUCCGACACGAAACUCAGAGUUGCUCGACUCCUUCCUGGAGCACAAGAUCGAGAACGUCCGGCUACAAGCUAGGAUUGCCGCGCUUAAGCGUGAGGAGGCCGAAGACGCGGAUGGACUGCAAGAACAUUACCAUAAACAAGCAUCUGGUGUUCAAUCCCGCACGUCCUCAAAUUCAGCGGACCUACCACCACGCUCACCGUCCCUGAACUCGACACCCGCCUACCCGGAGUAUGCAAGCAUGCCACCGCCCGCCAAGCCAACCGUCUCAAACAUCGCCUUGACCCGGGAAGCUCUAGAUGAAGCCAACGCCUCCGCACGCCCAGAUAGCAUCCGCGACAAAAUGGCCCGCUACGAGGGCUCCUCGCACGUUGACUCUAUCGAGAUGUUGACGGGUCUGCGCUACCGUGAAGGCGAGCGCUCACACGGUAUCUCGACCGGUGGCACGUCACCAGCUCUCAUCCGCGGAGAUGCAGGAAUCCACAUUCCCAUCGACAAAGCCGACUCGCGGUAUUCUUACAUGGACAAGAAACACAAAAAGGUCAAAUCCGCGGACGAAUAUGUCUGUACCGAUUGCGGCACGCUCGAUAGUCCCGAGUGGCGGAAAGGGCCUAAUGGGCCAAAGACCUUGUGCAAUGCCUGUGGAUUACGCUGGGCCAAGAGGGAGAAGAAGAAGAGGAGCAGUCUGGCAGCUGUGGAUGGGGUAGACGACAGUGGCGCAGACGCCAACGCAGCAGCAAACGGGACUACAGAUGAAACAAUAGUGAAGGCUUCGAGUCCCAAUCCUCAUGGGCGUCCGACCAUUAAGCAGUCUAGCUCUGCGGGCUCGACAUGA